AUGUCGGAUACUUCGUCGCGCACGAGCAUUGAAUCAACAACCGAAGGUCUAGGAUCAUCACCGACGCAUAAUGAAGAGGCAGCGAACCAAGCUAGGCCUCUCCUCUCCGACGAGAAGGAUGGGGGACCCCGAUACGCUAAAACAGAGAUGCUGUCCAAGUACAUACCAGAGCUAAACCCGUCAGAUCCACGAGCUAUCACACUUAGAGUCAAGAUGGCCAAGAAAACGGCAAUGCUAAAGAUCCAGUUAAUAAUCGCAUGCCUAGUGGUUGCAGUGAGCACUGCUAUGAUGGUUUGGUCAGUAGUCACGCAUAAUCCGAAUUAUCGUGGCGUGGGCACGUAUUUUUCCGGCAACUGCUCCAGGGCGAGCACGCUAAACAGUGUUAUUCAUGCCAUAAUGAACAUUCUUUCUAGUCUAUUACUCAGCUCUGGAAACUACUGUAUGCAGUUACUUGUCUCGCCUAGUCGAUAUGAAAUAGACAAGGCACAUUCGAAGGGAAUAUCGCUGAGGAUCGGCAUUCCCAAUGUUAAAAACCUACGACACAUUUCUCGUGGCCGAGUGGUUGGAUGGCUGUCUCUCGGCGUCACGGCAGCUCUUUUACAUUUCGUCUGGAACUCGGUAAUAUUCACGUCAUUACCUAUAGUGUCAAUCCCACGCGCCUGGGCAACAGCUGAUUUCCAAGCGGCACCGGACAAUUGGACCACCAGCGACCCCCUACCACAACGUUGGUGGUGGAAUUUCCCAUCUGGAGAUAGAUGGGGCACUGUCAAAUACGAUUUAGCGCCGGUUUAUACCAUGAAAACUAAUGCGGCGAGUUUGACGCGGCUAGACCCAAAGGAAUGUGUCAAGGAGUAUCUGAAUCCGUUGAAAUCCACAAGAGCUGUUUUGGUCGUCGCUCAGAAUUUGACAACCGAACAGAAUAAUGGUUCAUCUCUACUCGACGGUUGGAUGAGCGGAUGGGACUACUGGGACGCUGUACCGAAACCAAUGAAGAAUGCGAAGGCCAAGAUCGCCCCAACACCGCAAAUGGAGAUUUCUAUCAACUUCGACUGGCACAAUGGAGCGAAUGUCAGAGUUACUGGUUCACAGCUGUCAGUAUCCGGACUUGGACUAUAG